GUGCCAUGUUGGCUCACUGCAACCUCUGCCUCCCAGGUUCAAGCAAUUCUCAUACCUUAGCCUCUCGAAUAGCUGGGAUUACAGGCACCCACCCCUGUGUCCAGUUAAUUUUUAUGUUUUUAGUAGAGUUGGAGUUUCACCAUCUUAGCCAGGAUGGUCUCGAUCUCUUGACCUCAGGUGAUCCACCUGCCUCAGCCUCCCAAAAUGCUGGGAUUACAGGUGUGAGCCACUGCACCUGGCCAUGUAGGGUCUUUUAAAGUUGACUUUUGUCGAUGAAAAGAGUUAAACUCUGUAAAAUAUUUGAAGAGAUUUAUUCUGAGCCACAUAUGAGUGACAUAGCCCCAGGAGAUCCUGAAAGCAUGUAUCUAAGGUAGUUGGGUUACAGCUUGGUUUUAUACAUUUUAGGGAGACAUAAAACACCAAUCAAUACAUCUAAGACAUACAUUGGUUUGGUCUAGAAAUAUGGGACAACUCAAAGUGGGGACUUCCAGGUCAUAAGUGGAUUCAAAAAGAGUUUAUCUAAAAACCUAAAGUCAAUAGAAGGGAGUAUGUGAGUUAAGAUAGGGGGUUGUGGAGACUAAGGUUAAUAGAUUGCAAAGGUUUCUUAUUAGACAUAAAAAGAUGCCAGACUCUUCAGUGAGUUGUCUCCUGGAUCAGGAAAAAGACAUGGAAAGGGACAGGGAUUCUUUACAGAAUGUAGAUUUUCCCCACAAGAAAGCUUUGCAGGACCAUUUCAAAAUAUGUCAAAGAAAUAGGCCAGGCAUGGUGGCUCACUCCUGUAAUCCAAGCCCUUUGGAGGCCAAGGCGGGCAGAUCACCUGAGGUCAGGAGUUCAAGACCAGCCUGACCAACAUGGUGAAACCCUGUCUUUAAAAAAUAAUAGUAAUAAUAGGUCAUUUCCAUUGGAGGCUCCAAUUGGCUUGGCGGCGGCUCAUCUCUCGCCCGGGAAGUACGGACAUUGUCAGCUCCGCUUCCGCGGUCGCGGAUCAACAGUUGAGGAGCUCAAGCCCAGGACAAUGGUGUGCAUUCCUUGUAUCGUCAAUCCAGUUCUGCUCUGGAUCUACAAAAAAUUCCUGGAGCCAUACAUAUACCCUCUGAUUUCCCCCUUCGUUGGUCGUAUAUGGCCUAAAAAAGCUAUACAAGAAACCAAUGAUACAAACGAAGGCAAAGUAGACUGUAAGGGUGCAGACAUGAAUGGAUUACCAACAAAAGGACCAACAGAGAUCUUUGAUAAAAAGAAAGACUAAAGCAAUUACCUACAGGACCUCAUCAUUUAAAAAAUGGACCUGAUAAUAUGAAGCAUCCUCCUUGUAACUGUCUUUGACCUUUUUACCUGAGACGGGAAUUCAGGACAGAAGUCUAGAUACUUACCGAAUACUAAUCAGGAAAUACAUAAUAUCUGUAUUUAAAAUGUAGUUAGUUAUAUUUAAUGACCUCAUUCCUGUUCCUUUUUCAUUAAUGUAGCUUUCAUUUCUGUUGCUGUUGUUUUAAUAAUAUGAUGAAAUAGAAAAUGUGUACCAGUAGACACUAUGUCACUAAAUCAGCACUUUAAAAUCUUUGGUUUUCUAUCAUUCAUUCAUAUGAAUUUGACUGCUGUUUGCUGUAAUUUGUUUGGGCUCUUCUAAUUUGAGUGGAGUACAGUUUUAUUGUGAAACUGUGCUGGGAAGUGAAGGUAGAAUUUCGGGAGGUAAUAAUGAUGUGGAACAUACAGAUAUAAUAAUUAUUGUCCAACACAGUAGAGCAGCUUGUCUAUAAAUGUAGUAAUUACUAUUUAUUGCCCUGAGGAAGAUAAAAGAAGAAAGAUAGGGAAAAGGGGGAAACUUCUUUGAAAAAUGAAACAUCUUUUACAAAUAUGUCUAAUGUAAGUAUAAGAUUUUAAUCCUUACGACAUUUAUUCUGU